AUGAGUGAUGGAAACUGUUCUAUCGAUUUUGAGAUUUUUAAGACCAUUCACAUUUCAGUGUUCUCCCUGGUCCUGUCUGCUGGUUUGCCCCUGAAUUGCAUGGCUACCUGGAUUCUUUUUUCCCAGGUGAGGAUGAAGAAUGUACUUAGUAUUUACAUGAUAAACAUGGUGGCUGCCAACCUCCUACAGAUUUUCACAAUUCCUUUCUGGAUCUACUAUAUCUACCUGGGGCAUAGAUGGGAACUAGGGAGCAAGGCUUGCAUGGCAGUUGGCUUUUGUUUCACCACAAAUUUCUAUGCCAAAAUUGCCUUUCUGUGCCUCAUCGCCAAGGAGCGCUACUUUCACAUUGUUUACGUGUUACGUUGCCAUGGCCUGAGCACUGUAUGCAGUGCUGUGAAAAUCAGCAUCAUUGCCUGGGUCUUUACAGUUUUCUUUUGCUCCCUAGGCUCCUACUUUAUAUCUCUAGAAAAAGAAGAGACCCAACUCUGCUAUGAAGGUUAUCCACUUUCACAGGACUAUGCCCUAUUCAGAAUGGCCACCAUGUUCUUUUCUUUCUUUGCACCAAUGGGAAUAAUGAGCUUUUUUUAUGCUGGCAUCUUGUGCAAAAUCAAGGAAGUGAGAAAUCUGGAAGCCAAGAAGCAAGUCUACGGCUGUCUUCUUCUCACUAUAGUCAUAUUCUUUUUGGUCUUUACACCUUAUCAAGUGGUUUCCUUCUACAAAAAUUUCUUGGAAAGCAGAAAAAGAGAAUCAGAUUUUUGUACAAAAGAGAGCAAGCUAUUCCUUUAUAGUGAAGCCACUUUAUGUCUAAUGAUCCUUGGGAACAUUCUGGAUCCUGUUCUUUACAUUUUACUCAUAAAAAGCACGCGGGAUAAACUUAAAGUCUCAUGCAAGUGUCUGUGUUCUUCACAAAAGGAACUGGUCACUGCACAGGAGAUGUUUAUACAGCCAAUAUAAGAAUCAAUUUUUUGA